AUGGAUGUUAGGAGAAGGCCUCUUGAAUAUGAGGUCGGUGAUCAUGUGUUCAUCCGUGUAAAUCCAAUGAAAGGCCAGUUAAGGUUCGGCAAGAAGGGUAAACUAUCACCUCAUUACAUUGGGUCGUUUCAAAUUUUGGAAAGGCUUGGUCCAGUUGCUUAUAGAGUUUCCUUACCGCCGAGAACGGAACAAAUGCACAAUGUGUUUCACAUGUCAAUGUUGAGGGGCUAUCUCCGAGAUCCGUUCCACAUGAUUGACUAUCACCGAAUAGCACUUGAUGAAAAUAUGGAGUACUUAGAAUGGCCAGAACGGAUCAUUGACCGACAAGUAAAGCAGCUGAGGAACAAAUCUAUUCCAAUGGUAAAAGUGGAAUGGAAAGAACAUUAUGGUAAGGGUGCCACGUGGGAGAAAGAAGAAAAAAUACGAUAA